GCCCCGGCCGGCAGCAGCGGCUCCUCUCUCUUCCCUUCUGGACAACAACAAUGGCGGACCCCUCGGACACAGCUCCAUCCUCCGCCUCCUCAGGGCCCCCGGCUGGUGACGGCUCCCACCGCCUCCUUUUCUCUCACGAUUUGGUAUCUGGCCGCUACCGGACCCACACCCGGAGGACUCGGACUCCAAGGAAGAGAGGAGGAUGUGCUGCCGGGAGAGGAUGAGAGCGCUACUGGGGUCGGAAGAAAUCAGCUGGUGGCACUGCGGGAGGAGCAGGGAGCCCAGGCUCUGAGCCUCAGUUAGAACUGGAAGACCGGUCACUGGUUCCCAGAGAUGUUGUACGUAGGAUGAGCAAAAAGGACAGUCAGUGCGGCACAGUGAUCGAUAUGAACAUAGACUGCUUAGUGAAAGUGCUGGGUACCAACCUCUUCCUCCCCCGGGUCAACAGCAAGGAGCUGUACAACAUUUGGCCUAUCAUGUAUGGGGAUUACAUUGCUUAUGAUUUCUGGCUGGGCAAAGUGUACGAUCUGAAGAAACAGGUUGUCCUCAAGCUGUCCAACGGAGCCAGAUGUUCUAUGAGCACCAAGGAUGCAUCCAAACUGUGUGAUGUCUGCCCCCAUGCCAGCGACUCGGGGCUGUCCUUUGACGACUCUUAUGGCUUUUAUCCUGGUCAAGCACUAAUUGGCCCCUCCAAGGUGUUCUCCCGUGUACAGUGGCUCUCUGGGGUCAAGCCGGUUCUGAGUGUGAAGAGCAAGUUUCGUGUGGGGGUGGAAGAGGUGCAGGUAACCGAACUACGAGUUACUUGGAUUACGAAAAGUCUUGGGGGCACCGAUUGCAUGGAUCCACCACCCGCUGUAAUUACUCAGGAGAACCUGUCUAGAGUGAAAAGACUGGGGUCCUUUGACCACACGCAGAGGCAGCUGGGAGAGAGGUGUCUGUAUAUCUUUCCGACUAAAGUGGAAGGUACAAAAAAUCUGUGUGAAAGUUUUGAGAAGAACUGCUUGCUGGGGGAGGUCACAGUCACCAGAAAGCAGGUGGACAAGCUACGGGAGAAGCAGAAAGUCAAGAUAAUCUCGCGUAUUGCCAGCUCUACAACAUCUUUCCAAAGUGGCAGUGGGACUGGGCGCAAGAAGAGCAUUCCCCUGUCCAUCCGAAAUCUUAAAAGGAAACAUAAGAAGAAGAAAAAGAGCAAAGUGUUCAUAGAGUUCAAACAUGGGGACAGAGUGGCUGUAGAGAUUAUAACUACUGUGACCACGGCUGAUGUCAUGUGGCAAGAUGGAAGUGUUGAGACCAACAUCCAGUCAAAUGAAUUGGUGCCAAUCCAGCAUCUGUAUACCAAUGAGUUCUUCCCAGGCGACUUUGUAGUUGACAAGAGAAUUAGAUUCUGUUUUGCCCCAAUAGCCCGUGCUGCCCAGGAUCCCAGUAUAUAUGGUGUGGUGCAGUGUGGGGAUCACAAAGGACGUACUUGUGUGGUAAAAUGGAUUAAGCUCAAUUCGGAAGGGGAUGAUACUGAAGUUGUUGGGGAAGAGGAGAAUGUCAGCGUGUAUGAUAUUGUUGACCAUCCAGAUUUCCAAUUUCGAGCCACAGACAUAGUGAUCUGCAUUGGCAGCUCUGAUCCAGAAGCCUUCCCUGAUGCCAGACAGCCCUCUGUGGGACAGGUCGCUUGUGUGGAUGUGAGUAGCAAGGUAGAAGUGAUCUGGGCUGAUAAUUCCAGGACAAUGGUCCUUCCACAGCAUUUGUAUAAUGUGGAAUCAGAGCUGAAGAAGAAUUUUUAUGUGGACAGCAGCUCCAGUGGCGCAUCAUCUGAUGAAUGGGAGGAUAUGAGUGACAGCUGGGAAACGGACAAUGGACUGAAGGACAGCAGCUCCAGUGGCGCAUCAUCUGAUGAAUGGGAGGAUAUGAGCAACAGCUGGGAAACGGACAAUGGACUGACAGACAGCAGCUCCAGUGGCGCAUCAUCUGAUGAAUUAGAGUAUACGAGCGACAGCUGGGAGACGGCCAAUGGACUGACGGACAGCAGCUCCAGUAGCGCAUCAUCUGAUAAAUUGGAGUAUACGAGCGAAAGCUGGGAGACGGCCAAUGGACUGACGGACAGCAGCUCCAGUGGCACAUCAUCUGAUGAAUGGGAGGAUAUGAGCGACAGCUGGGAAACGGACAAUGGACUGACGGACAGCAGCUCCAGUGGCGCAUCAUCUGAUGAAUGGGAGGAUAUGAGCGACAGCUGGGAAACAAACAAUGGACUGACGGAGGAUGUGUUCCCUCUGGCAGCAGGGGAGGAGGCUGCAGCUACACAGAAUGAGAACACCCCUGCAGAGCCGUUGCAAGAACCAGUGCAAGAUGAGCCAGAACAAAGUGCUGUCCGUUCAGAAUGGCCCAGUGAUACACUUGGAACUAUCUUCACCAGCGCCAAAGGAGAAGUGAUCUCUUUGCUUGAAACUGCACCAGAGAGUCACGCCUUUAAGAAACUGGAGUUUCAAGCACCAAAAGCAAAGAAGUUCUUAAGUACUGUGUAUAAAGAGAUGGCUCUUCUGGCUACUUCACUUCCUGAUGGCAUUAUGGUGAAGACCUUUGAAGACCGAAUGGAUCUGUUCUCUGCAUUUAUUAAAGGGCCAACACACACCCCAUAUGAAGACGGCCUUUUCUUGUUCGACAUGCAGCUUCCAAGUAGUUACCCGGCAGUGCCCCCUUUGUGCCGUUACUUGUCUCAGUGCCGUGGGAAUCUAAACCCAAACCUCUAUGACAAUGGGAAAGUGUGCGUCAGCCUUCUGGGGACCUGGAUAGGAAAGGGUACAGAGAGGUGGACCAGCAAGUCCAAUCUCCUGCAGGUCCUAAUCUCUAUUCAAGGCCUUAUUUUAGUGAAUGAGCCGUACUACAAUGAAGCAGGUUUUGACCGUGACCGUGGCUUACAGGAAGGCUACGAGAACAGCCGAUGUUACAAUGAGAUGGCGCUUAUUCGUGUAGUCCAGUCUAUGACGCACCUGCUACGAAGACCAGUGGAGGUUUUCCAAGUGGAGAUCUGUGAGCACUUUAAGAGCAAUGGUUGGCGCCUGGCCCAUCGCAUAGAGAACUGGUUAGAAACCAAUUCAAUGGUAGAAAGAGGAGACAAGCUUACAAAUGGGCAGGAGCACCCAUGUAUAGUGCCAUACAGCUCUACUGAGCCCGAGUGCACCCCAGAUCCAACUCUUGAUUCCAAGGACCUGGAUGAUUCUGGAUGUGGUGCCUCCACCAUGUCACCUGGGGAAUCCCAGCAAUUGUCUGACUUGCAAAGCACAAGCAAAGGCGCUAUGGGGGGUGUUACCCUCUCAGAAGAGCCAAGAGGAGCAGCUGGGGGUGGGCAGCCCAGUGUUAAACCAAAGAAGCACAGAAAGAGCUAUCGUAGCUUCCUCCCUGACAAACUGGGCUUCCCUGAUGUUGGGUUUCCCCUCUUUCCCUUGUCCAAGGGCUUCAUCAAGCGCAUUCAGCGUGUUCUGGCUCAGUACAAAGCUUCCCUCUUGGAAGUGGGAAUCUCAGAGCCUCGCGGAGGCAGACUGACGCUACCAUUAUAAGGACGAAAGUGGAAUAGCGGGGGCCAUACAUUGCUACCCAGCUCAACCCAUGCAUCCUCUCAUCCCCCAUAUUUCCCUACAGGGAGGUCUGCAGUACCUCGGUACCUAAAAUGUGUAGCCUCUCAUUGGUAGAAGCUGAAACCAAUGAAGACGGUUUCUACUAAUAAACCUCCCUUAUGCCUGC